AUGCCUGAUACGGAAACGGCGGGGGUUGAGGGGAAAUCGGAGCUUGUCUUCUUCGUCAAUGGCAGAAAGGUUGUGGACCAGGAUGUUGACCCAGAGAUGACCCUGUUGACCUACCUCAGGACGAAAUUACGCCUGACAGGAGCGAAACUGGGCUGCGGGGAGGGAGGAUGUGGAGCCUGUACUGUCAUGGUGUCCAGGUACAGCCAGGCACAGAGGAAGGUGCUUCACCUUGCCGUGAACGCCUGCCUCGCUCCUAUCUGCUCCCUACACGGCGCAGCUGUCACCACAGUGGAAGGGAUCGGCAGCACCCGGACCAGACUGCACCCUGUACAGGAGAGGAUAGCGAAGGCUCAUGGUUCCCAGUGUGGGUUCUGCACCCCGGGGAUCGUCAUGUCCAUGUACACCUUACUGCGCAAUCACCCAAUUCCCAACAUGGACCAGCUGGAGGCCGCUUUUCAGGGUAACCUGUGCAGGUGUACUGGCUACAGACCUAUUCUGGAGGGAUACAAGACUUUCACCAAGUUCCAGGGCUGCUGUGGAGGAAUGGCUGGGAGCGGCUGCUGCCGUCACGUUCAAAACGGGAAGUCAGCCAAUGGACAGGUAACCAAUGGGCAGGCAGCCAAUGGCAACACUGGCAAUGGAUGGAUUGAGGAUGUGACUCAUGCUGCACAGGUCUCCACCGAGUUGUUCCAGGUGUCAGAGUUCAGGCCCCUUGACCCAACCCAAGAGCCAAUCUUCCCACCUGAGCUAAUGAUAUCUGAGAGUGGUGAUCAGACGACUCUGAAGUUUGUUGGAGAGCGAGUCACUUGGAUCAAACCUGCAACUUUCAAGGAGGUUCUGGAACUGAAAACAAGGAUUUCACAUGCCAAGCUGGUGGUUGGGAACUCAGAAGUUGGUGUUGAGGUGAAGCUUAAGAACUGUGAAUACCCCCUGAUCAUCGCACCUGGACACCUGCCUGAGAUCAACUUCCACAGGUACACCGAGCACGGCAUCACAUUCGGAGCCGGAUGCACACUUACCUACCUCAAUGACACUCUGACAGAGGCCAUAGCUGAUCUUCCAGAACAUCAGACCAGACUGUUUGCUGCCAUAGUGGAGAUGCUGAGGUGGUUUGCCGGCCACCAGAUCAGAAAUGUCGGGUGCAUCGGAGGGAACAUCGUGACCGCCAGCCCCAUCUCUGACCUGAACCCCAUCCUCCUGUCAGCCGGCUGCACCGUGACGGUGGCGUCCCACCAGGGAGGCAGCCGAGUGGUCAGGAUGGGCCACGACUUCUUCCCCGGCUACAGGAGGACUGCUCUUUCUCCUCAGGAGGUCAUGGUGUCUCUGGAUCUUCCUUUCACCAAGGAGAAUGAGUUCUUUCUGGCUUACAAGCAAGCCCGGAGGAGGGACGAUGACAUUGCCAUCGUAAAUGCAGCCUUCUGGGUGCGGUUUGAGGAGGAGACAAACGUUAUCCAGGACAUCGCCCUGUCCUUCGGAGGAAUGGCUCCCACCACCGUCAUGGCUCGCAACACGGCCAACAGGCUUGUGGGACUGAAGUGGGACAACGACCUGCUCCCCGAGGCCUGCUCCAGUCUGGAGGACGACCUGCCGCUGCCCCCGUCUGUCCCCGGAGGAAUGGCCGAGUUCCGCCGAACCCUCACCACCAGCUUCUUCUUCAAGUUCUUUCUGUCUGUACAGCAGAGGCUCAACCUCAAGGUACCAUUUUAUUUAUUACCAGUAGAUGUCCCCCCGACCUACAGGAGUGCCUGCAGCCUGUACCACAGAGAGCCGUCACAUGGUACACAGAUGUAUCAGGAGGUUCCUGAAGGUCAGGCGAGGGAGGAUGCUGUUGGGCGUCCCAUCAUGCACCUGUCUGCGCUGAAGCAGGUGACUGGGGAGGCUGUGUACACGGACGACAUGCCCCCCCUACAGGGUGAACUGUAUCUUGGACUGGUGCUCAGCAAAAAGGCUCAUGCCAAAAUUCUCUCCAUUGACCCCAGUGCAGCCCUGCAGAUGCCGGGAGUGGAGAUGUUUGUCAGUGCCAAGGAUGUCCCGGGCUCCAACGUCACGGGUCCCGACGUCAUGGACGAAGAGAUCUUCGCCUCUGAGAAGGUGACCUGUGUUGGGCAGGUAGUAGGUGCCGUGCUGGCGGACACACAGGCACAUGCGCAACGGGCAGCUAAAUCAGUGGUGGUGCAGUAUGAUGACCUGGAACCCAAAAUCAUCACAAUUGAGGAUGCAAUUCUGCAUCAGUCGUUCUUCCAUCCCAUCAACAAGAUAGAGAAGGGAAAUCUGGAGGAGGCUUUUCAGAAGGCUGACCAGAACAUUGAGGGUGAGCUGAGGAUUGGAGGCCAGGAGCACUUCUACAUGGAGACCUGCGCCGCCAUCGUGGUGCCUCAUGGGGAGGACGUGGAGAUGGAGAUCUACUGUUCCACACAGAACCCGAAGAUGACACAGGUUAGUCUUACAGAACCCCACCAAGACACAGCUAAUGCCCUGGGUAUUCCUGAAAAUAGGGUGGUCUGCAGGGUGAAGAGGAUGGGGGAGGUUUUUGGAGGGAAGCAGACACGAUCGUGUGUUGUUAGUUCAGUCGGUGCCGUGGCUGCUCACAGUAGGGCUCAGAGAUCAGUGAGGAUCAUGCUGGACAGAAAUGAGGAUAUGAUGAUAACAGGGACGAGGCACCCUUUCCUGGGCAGAUACAAGGUUGGGUUCAUGAAUGAUGGGAGAGUUGUGGCCCUGGACAUCAGUCUGUACAGUAAUGCAGGGAACUCUGCGGACCUGUCCAUUGAGGUUAUGGAGCGAUCAUUAUUACACUCCGACGGCGGUUACACCAUUCCCAAUGUCCGAGCAGUCGGCUACGUCUGUAAGACAAAUACUGUGUCCAACACGGCCUUCCGCGCCUUCGGAGGUCCCCAGGCUCUUUAUUUUGUUGAGAGUUGGAUUUCUGACAUAGCUAUCAAGUGUGGGAUCUCUCAGCUUAAGGUGCGAGAGAUAAACAUGAACAGGGAGGGUGACCUGACUCACUACAACAUGAAGCUGGAGCGGUGUCAGAUGGAGCGCUGCUGGCAGGAGUGUCUGAAGAAGAGCGACUUCCACAACAGGCACAGACAGGUCAACAUGUUCAACGGCGGGAGCAGGUGGAAAAAACGUGGGCUGGCAGCCAUCCCAAUCAAGUAUGGCAUUGCCUUUGGAACAUUUCUUGAGGCUGGUGCCCUGGUGCACGUGUACACGGACGGGUCCGUGCUGCUGACCCACGGUGGAACAGAGAUGGGGCAGGGUCUGCACACCAAGAUGGUCCAGGUGGCCAGCAGGGCGCUGAGGAUCCCUACUUCCAAAAUCCACAUCAGUGAGACCAGCACCAACACUGUACCCAACACCUCCCCUACUGCUGCUAGUGUCAGCUCUGAUCUCAACGGAAUGGCUGUCAAGCUUGCUUGUGAGACCAUCCUGCAGCGACUGGAGCCGUACAUGGGGAAGGGUUCCUGGGAGGACUGGGUGCGGGCGGCGUACUUCGACAGAGUCAGUCUGUCAGCAACUGGCUUCUACAGGUUCAGCACCCCGGGACUCGGUUACGACAUGCAGAAGAAUGAGGGGAGGCCCUAUAACUACUUCUGCUACGGAGCAGCCGUGUCAGAGGUCGAGAUAGACUGCCUCACCGGAGAUCACACGGUUCUGCGCACAGACAUAGUGAUGGACGUGGGGGACAGCUUGAACCCUGCGAUAGACAUUGGACAGAUCGAGGGAGCCUUUGUGCAGGGCUAUGGCUUGUUCACCAUGGAGGAGCAGGUCUACUCGCCCGACGGGGUGCUGUACUCACGAGGACCCGGCAUGUACAAGAUUCCCGGCUUUGCCGACAUCCCCGUCCAACUCAACGUGUCCCUGCUGAGAGGCGCGCCCAACGACAAGGCAAUCUUCUCAUCCAAGGCUGUAGGAGAACCACCCCUCCUCCUGGCCUUUUCUGUCUUCUUUGCCAUCAAAGAUGCCAUCUCCUCUGCCCGGGCGGACGCGGGGCUGAAGGGCGUGUUCCGCCUGGACAGCCCCGCAACGGCCGAGCGCAUCCGCAUGGCCUGCCAGGACCAGUUUACUGCACAGUUCCCUGCAGCUGAGCCUGGACGCUUCACACCCUGGGCCAUUAGACUUUAG